AUGAUCAACUGGACACCCGGCCCCUUCGUGCCCUUGGAACCUGCGCGGAAACUCGCGCUGGUGGAGGAUAGCGAGGGCAGGACAGUCCCAGAGCGCGCGCGCGACGGGGAGGUGGUGCUGCUGUGGCUGCGGAAUAAGUUUGUCAAGAUCGAGCCGUUCUUUACGGAACUGGAAGGGGCGGUGAAUGUGCGCAUGACGAGCAACCGCGGCGUGCUGACGUGGCUGCAGAUGAAGGCGGAGGGGGAGUGGGCGGAUAGGUUCAAGGCGUUGGGAAUGCGCCUGCCGUAUGCACUCGGGUGCUCCCUCCGGUUCCUCAUGCGAGGUGCAAGCACUCUUCUCCAUCUCCUCCCUCCUUUUCCCUUUUCCCUCCCCUCCCCGUCCCCCCUCCUCCCCCCCGCUCACUCUCCCCACAGGCCCAAGCCAGAGGUGCAAGCGCUCUUCCACAGCAUAGAGCACCGCCUGCGGGGGAGGCGGUGGGUAGCGCGGGGAGGGCUGAAGAGGCCCAGGGUGGCGACAGUGGGGAUACACAUCCGGGUGAACGAUUCUGUGGUGUGGGCGGGUGACAGGGGCAAGCCCAAGGUGCUCAAUGCCACACAGGUUGACGUGCUGCUUGCUCACUCCAGGAAAUGGAUUCUGUGUGCUAGGCGUGUGGAGGCGUUCUGGUUCCCAUCAUCCCUUGUGGUGCGCUGGAUGCUCGUCACCAACUCAGCGCAGCUCAAGGCUGCCAUCAAAUCCAGGUUUCCCCACAAGGCCGUGCUGUAUCCCGUGCUUCGGCUGCCGGACCUGAGGCUCGGCGCGCGGCGUUACGUGGAGGGCCUGGAGGACGUUAUGGUUCGGGGUGCUGCGAGGUUCGGCGUGGAGGCUCGGGGGAGAGUUCCGGGAAUGACGGGGGUGUGGGUGGGAUGGGACGAGGAGGGUUCUGAUGGCGAUUCUGCAGGCGUUGAUGCUUCAGGUGGUAUUUCAGUUGGUGAUUCCAAUAUUACGUCAGAAGGAGGGUCAGGAAGGAAAAUCGGUGCUGUUGGUGUGCAGAUAUCAGGAGGUGUGACAAGACACGGGUUGGCCUUCAAUAUAAGCACAGACCUUUCGUUCUUUAAGCUUAUAGUGCCCUGUGGGCUAGAGGGUAAAGCCGUGACGUCUUUGAAUGAGGAAAGAAGGCGGUUGGCUGGGAAGGUUAGGAGGAUAGGAGGCGUGGAGGAGGGGGGGAAUGGGAGGAGCGUGGGAACGGGAGCAACUGUUUCUUGUGAUUCAGUUACAGAUGCGAGUGUAGAUGUGGAUGUGGAGACAGUAACGGAUGUGCUUAUAGAGGAGUUUGUGAGGGAGUUUGGGUUUGAGGAGGAGAGGUGUAGUGAUGAGCAGCAGUGGUUGAGGUGA